AUGAGCAGUGUGCAUAGUCAGGCGAGUGAUACUCCAGUGCAGCCUCAGAUGCAUGAGGUUGAGACUGGAACAAGGUUUAACGAUAAAACUCCGGCGAUUAAAGAGGAGGAAGAGGGUACCGAUGUGGAGGUUGUGCGGUAUAAGAAACCCUCUUUGCUGAGGAAAAAGAGUAGUUUACACUCUUCGCCUAAUUCAACUUCUUCUUCUAACAGUAAUGGGAAUAGUAAUCGGUCUAUCUCCACGAUAACUUUUGAGAAACAGAAAGUUAUUCCACAUAGAGCCAGGACUCAGUCUGCUCAAAGUGUGUUGAGUAGCAUAUCGUUGAGAUCGUUGUUGCAUCAGAAUAAUGCGCAAAAUAAUCAGCAGCAGCAACAGCAGCAUCAACAGCAGCAACAGAAUGGGGAACAAGAGACGUCUGGCGUUAGUAUCACGAAUUUUAACCAACAGAUCCAAUCUCCGGCGUUGUCUUCGAUACGAAGGAAGGGGAUUACGUCUAACAAUGCGCACAAUGGAUCAAAUGGUGCAGCUACAUCGGCUAGUACAGCGAUGAUGUUCCGUAGGAGCAGUUCGGAAAAUGAGAUUGGUUUGCAGUUGCCCUUCACGGACGACAAGAGGCAGGAUUUGGAAUCUUCGUCGGUCGUACCACAACGAAGGCCCAGUAAGAGUUCGCUGCUAAAGGAAAAUGCCACAGGGGUCAAGAAUAUAGCCGUGCCCUUAGAAGCGAUAGAUUACGAGGACCAUGAUGAGGAUACAGAAUCUCAGAAAAGGCUCACUACACAGGCGCUACGGAAGCUGUCUAACUUCAAAACAAACGGGAAACUCAACAUGGGAAAAAGUAGUUUCAACGAACAGGCAAGCGCGAGUUCUGAGGCUCCAACUGGGAAAGAUCUGGUUGAUGAAGGUGUGCAGGAUACUGCGGAGGAUAGUUUUACCAAUUAUGGAGGGUCCAUGACCCACUUGAAGUUUGGGAACAAGAAAGUGAUGUUGGAUUCCUCUUCACUCAACCCGAGUGCUUAUGCCAACAAGGUUCCCAUGAACAGUUUGGCUCGACCGCCCGCUGCUGUCAUGAAACACUCCUUGGAUGUAAUUCGUCAGCCAAAUUCCAGCAUGAUGUCAACUUCAAACUUGAAUAACAAGCGAUUUGUGAAACAGAUUAGCAAUCCCAAGAAGCCUUUGUAUAUGCCUGCAGUGUUACGGGAUGUUUCCGAGACCAAUAUUACCAUGAACGACGUGGUGAGGCCUGCCUCGCCGCAGCACACUUUGACUUCGGGUACUCAGAAUUUUAAUCCCAGAAGAAAUCAGUCUGGUUCUUCGCAGGCAAGUAUUAACUCAACCCAUUCUUCCAUUUUAGAGUCUUGUAAGAGGCAUAUAAGUUCUUUCUUCUUUGCUGGCAAUGACCACAUAAAUCCAGAAUCGAUAGGUUUAGAAGCCCCCGCACCACCGACACGAGAACAUUGGUUACCGGAUUCUAAGCGCAGUUCGUGUCAUUACUGUCAUAAGAUUUUCACAUUCCUUGAGAGGAAACAUCAUUGCCGGCAUUGUGGUGAUAUUUUUUGUCAACAGCAUUUAGCUCACUGGUUGUACCUGAAUUCCCAUGCCGAGUUCAUUAUUGGUGGCGGAGGUGUGGGUACUCUGUCUAAGAUUUGUGACAAUUGCCUGGGGGACUACGAAAGCAUGGUCAAAAACCCAGAUGUGAAGAGUAAGAAGUUAACCAAACAGCUGGCAAAAGGUAAUGUUCCCAAUGCAAGUAUCAGAGCUUCUCAAUCCGAUCAAUCGCCUCGUAGCCCUGAAGCAAUAAACGUCGAGCAAGAUUCUAAUGGUGACAGUGCUCCUAAUGAUAAAGGUGAUGUAAUAGGGAGCGUUGUGGGCUCUGUUCCAGCAGAUUGGAACUGGAGCAGUUUUUAA